UUAACAUUUGGGCCUGCGUUUUAUCCUCUGUUCUAGAAUCCUGUUCAUUCUUUAAGUUUCUUGAAAUUUUCAAAAAAGGAAAAUAGAUAUAUCAGACGUUCAAAUUGGAGAAAUUUGUCACAUCUUCCUUUCAUUCUCGGCAGAAACGUAGACAAUCGUAUGAACCAACCAUGCAAAAUCGGUGGAUAAGCAUUCGUAGCCAAACUUUGACUUCGAUCAUCUAAAAGGACUCUUUACAAAGCUACCUCUAACACAAAAAUAUCCCACAUUUCACUCUUAAUUCCGCUAGUUGUUUGUCAUAUGUGUUUUGUCACCAUCGAGACUCGAUGAACAAUAUUGGCCUUCCAUUGCAUUUUGUCUUCAUAUAAUUUAUUAUCCUCAUUUCUUCUGGUUCUGAAAUCACAUCGGUUCACCAGCUGGGACGUAGCAGUGAACUCUCGGGGUAAAGAAAAAUGAAGACCCUCUCUUUCUUGCUAAUUAUAGUGCUACUAAAUUUGGCAGUAGCAGUGCUUUGCGCUGAUAAAUAUAGCAGAUAUGACUUCCCACCAGGCUUUGUCUUUGGUUCUGCCACCUCUGCUUAUCAGGUGGAGGGAGCAGCAAGCGAAGAUGGGAGGACUCCUAGCAUAUGGGAUACUUUUGCUCACUGUGGGUAUGCUAAUGGAGCCACAGGAGAUGUAGCUGUUGAUCAAUACCACAAAUACAAGGAAGAUGUGAAACUUAUGGCAGAAAUGGGCUUAGAUGCCUACAGGUUUUCCAUCUCCUGGUCAAGACUUAUCCCAAAUGGAAGAGGGCUUCUCAAUCCAAAGGGUGUUCAAUAUUAUAACAACCUCAUCAAUGAACUAGUCAGCCAUGGAAUACAGCCUCAUGUUACUUUGAACAAUGCUGAUCUCCCACAGGCACUUGAAGAUGAGUAUGGAGGAUGGAUUAACCGAAGAAUUGUGAAAGACUUCACCGCCUAUGCAGAUGUGUGCUUUAGAGAAUUUGGGGACAGGGUUUCAUAUUGGAUUACUGUGAAUGAGCCAAACGUCUUUGCUAUUGGAGGUUAUGAUCAGGGAGUUGUUCCUCCUAGGCAUUGCUCUUCACCUUUUGGAGUAAACUGUACCAGAGGCGACUCCUCGUCUGAGCCAUACAUAGUUGUUCAUAAUAUAUUGCUGGCACAUGCAUCAGCUUCAAGAUUGUACAAGAGAAAGUAUCAAGAAAAGCAGAAUGGAUUCAUAGGCAUUAGCAUCUAUACAUUUGGGGUUGUUUCUAGUACAAACUCAACAGAGGAUGCAAUGGCAGCUCAAAGAAUGAAUGACUUCUAUAUUGGUUGGAUUGCGAAUCCCUUGGUGUUUGGAGAUUAUCCUGACAUAAUGAAGAAACUGGUUGGCACCAGAAUUCCUGCUUUUAGCAAUCAUGAAUCUGAACUUGUUAAGGGUUCGUUUGACUAUUUUGGAGUAAUACAUUACACAACAUGCUACAUCCAAGAUGACCCUGGCAGUCUGGCAUUGAAACAAAGAGACUUUAACAUAGAUGUAGCUGCAAAGAUAAUGAACAUGGGGGAUAUUUUCUUGGAUUCUGAGUUUCCAAUAUAUCCUUGGGGCCUACAGGGAGUGCUGGAGUAUGUCAAGCAAAUGUAUGGCAAUCCUCCUGUUUACAUUGUUGAAAAUGGUCAGAGAAUUCGGCGCAAUUCAACCUUAGAAGACACGUCGAGAGUGGAAUAUCUGCAUGCAUACAUCGGGAGUGUGCUGGACGCAGUCAGGAAUGGAUCGGAUACAAGAGGCUAUUUCUCAUGGUCAUUCCUAGAUGUGCUGGAGAUACUGGAUGGUUAUCGAUCAAGUUUUGGCUUCUAUUAUGUAGAUUUGGAUGACCCGGAUUUGAAGAGACAACCAAAGCUUUCUUCAUAUUGGUAUUCCCAUUUUCUCAAGGGAGGAAGUGUCAGCCCAGACAAAGUGAUAGAGCUCAAGACUAAUUUCUCUGCUCUUUCCCAUGGCCAUUUCUUCCACUAGGCUUAUCUCCUCAAUUUCCUUAUUUUCAGCUGUCCUUUAGCGAACUUAUUUCUCUAAAUGCUCUUCAACACCAAUGUACAAAAUCUACAUGCAUAAACAGGUUUGUAUAAGCACCUAAUGGUCAAGAUAGAACUCAGAAACCAAUCCUCUAAAUUUUUUGUUUGCCAUUUUACUUUUCAUAGUUCUCCAAUGUUGUCUUAAACAAGAUUAGAGCUGGAAUCUGGCUAUCUACUUUAAGAGAAAAUAUAAUAAAACAUAGGAGAGCAGGAUACCUACCCUGUAUCAAGUUUCCUUGUCUCAUCUGGACUAAACGUUUUAACCUCAAGUAUGGAAAUUCUUAAAAAUGUGAUUGACAGACUGACAGCCUUUAUUCUUUGUUUUGGAAUCAGAUUUCCAUAUCAUAUAUCCCUCCUUUAGGUUAAGUUUUGAUUCAUAGUAAAAGAUUCGAGGUAAAGAAAAAUCUAAGGAGAAGAAAAGAAAAUUACUUAUCUGUUUGGAUGGUAUGAGAAAAAUCUUAAAGAAAUUGUGUAUUAAUCCAUUAUCACGCAAGUUUUUAGUUUUUAUUUUUUAUUUUUUAAAAAUGGACAGUUAGUAUAAUGAGUAGUACACUUGUGACCGAGAAAACCAUUGCAUGAUGGCCAAGUAGAAGAAAGACAAGCAGAGGGAGAUGCUGACAGC